AUGGCAAAGGAAGAUACAGCAUCUUUAAAACCUCAUCGUCAUUCUAAACGUCGACUUUUUCAAACGAAAACAUUUCGUUUAUUAUCAAUGCUUUCAUUAACAUUUACAUAUUUUAUUAUUGAACUUGUUGUUGGUCAAAUAACAAAUUCUGUUGCAUUAGUUGCUGAUGCAUUUCAUAUGUUAUCUGAUGUUAUAUCAUUAGUUAUUGCUAUUGCUGCUGUUAGAAUGGCUAAACGUAGCUCACAUAAAAAUACAUAUGGAUGGGUACGUGCUGAAGUUGUUGGUGCAAAUAUAAAUACAGUUUUUCUUCUUGCAUUAUGUUUGACUAUUAUAUUUGAUGCAAUCAAACGUUUUAUUGAACCUGAACGAAUUGAAAAAGUUAAUUUAUUAUUAAUCGUUGGUUCGAUUGGUUUAGGAGUUAAUAUUAUUGGUCUAUUCUUAUUUCAAGGAUUUCAUGGACAUUCACAUGGAGGUGGUUCACAUGGACAUUCACAUGGACAUUCACAUAAAAAAAGUUCGCAUAAAAAGAAUUCACAUGGACAUUCACAUGAGGAUAAUUCACAUGAGCAUUCACCCGCAAAUGGUUCACACGGACAUUCACAUGAGAAUAAUUCACAUGGUCAUUCACACGCAAAUGGUUCACAUGGACAUUCACAUGAGAAUAACUCCAAUGAUGAAACAGAUAGCAACUCAAGAGAAGAUGUCGAAAUAUAUGAGUAUCCCGAAUUAGAGGAAAUGUCUAACAAAUUUGAAAGACAUAGCACACGAGCAUUACAAGAGGCUAUUGCUGACUGUGUACAACAAACUAAUGAAGAAUCAGAUACAGUUAUUGAAAUGAAUGAUGAUAGUAAUGAUAAUAGCAAAACAAGUAAACCACAAAAACGAGCAUCCAUGAAUAUGCAUGGAGUAUUUUUACAUGUAUUAGCUGAUGCACUUGGUUCUGUUGUUGUUAUCAUAAGUGCUUUAAUAAUUAAAUUUGUUCCAAAUCCUUCAGAUGAUAAAAAACAUUGGACAAUUUAUGUAGAUCCAACUUUAUCAGUUAUUAUUGUUAUCAUCAUAACAAUUUCAACUGUUCCAUUGUUUAAAGAAACAUCGUAUAUCUUAUUACAAGUAAUGCCAAGACAUCUUGAAAUUAAUACAUUAAAACGUCAAUUAUUAGAAAAUGUUCCUGAAAUUCAUAGUGUACAUGAAUUACAUAUAUGGCGUUUAACUGAUGAUAAAGUUAUCGCAAGUGCACAUUUAAAUCGAAAAAGUUUAUCAAAUUAUAUGUCUGUUGCGGAUAAAGUUAAAAAUUUUUUUCAUUCAAUUGGCAUACAUUCUGUAACAAUGCAAUAUGAAUUUGAUGAUUAUAUAGAAAGUGAUAAUCGAUCAAGAAUAACAACAACAACAACAACGGAAGAUCCAAACAAUCCAAGUAGAGUUCCUGGUGAUUGUUUACUUCGAUGUAAAGCUGAUGAAUGUGAACCUCAAACAUGUUGUACAAUAAGUUCCGAUCGUGCAAAUACAUUAUUAAAUAAUAAUCCUAUGCAAAUAUUUUCUAUCACUGAAGCAAAUAAUUUUGGAAAUUCUAUACAAACUCAAACAUCAAUCACUCCAUCGAUUCAAGAUGAAAAACUAUGA